AUGGAUCCUAAUCGCAUAAUACAGGCAUUAAAAGGAACGAUUGACCCUAAUCUCAGGAUAGCGGCAGAAAAUGAGCUGAAUCAGUCCUACAAGAUUAUCAACUUUGCCCCCACUCUGCUGCAAAUCAUUGUGUCUGAGCAUGUGGAAUUUCCGGUGAGACAGGCGGCUGCCAUCUACCUGAAGAACAUGGUGAGUGAAUACUGGCCAGACAGGGAGCCAGCACGCGGUGAGGUGGUCUUCCCAUUCAACAUCCACGAGAACGAUCGCGGUCAGAUCCGAGAGAAUGUAGUGGAAGCCAUCAUCCAGUGCCCAGAGUCCAUACGGGCCCAACUGACUGUGUGUUUGCGUGCCAUAAUAAAACACGACUUCCCUGGACGCUGGACUGGCAUAGUGGAUAAGAUUGGCAUGUACCUUCAGUCUCAGAACAGCGGCAGCUGGUACGGAAGCCUGCUUGCCCUUUACCAGCUCGUCAAGACCUACGAGUUUAAGAAGGCUGAGGAGAGGGAUCCACUGCUGGCAGCCAUGCAGAUCUUCCUGCCGCGUCUGCAGCAGCUCAUGUCUCAGCUUCUGCCCGAUUCCACCGUCUUCUCCGUGCUCAUUCAGAAACAGAUCCUCAAGAUCUUCCACGCGCUAGUACAGUAUUCACUUCCUCUUCACCUGGUCAAUAACACAGUCAUGACCCAGUGGAUGGAGAUACUGAGGGCUGUUGUAGACAGGAGUGUUCCCCCGGAGACUUUGGAGGUGGAUGAGGAUGACCGCCCCGAGCUGGUUUGGUGGAAGUGUAAGAAAUGGGCAUUACGCAUCAUCACCAGGUUGUUUGAGAGGUAUGGAAGCCCAGGCAACGUGACAAAGGAAUAUUUUGAGUUUGCUGACUUUUUUCUCAAGACGUAUGCUGUGGGAAUCCAGCAGGUGCUACUGAAGGUGGUCGAUCAGCACAGGCAGAAACAGUAUGUGGCUCCUCGUGUCCUGCAGCACGCGCUGAAUUACCUGAACCAGAGCGUCUCACACUCCAUCACCUGGAAACACAUGAAACCUCACAUGCAGACUAUAACUCAGGAGGUCGUGUUUCCGCUCAUGUGCUAUAAGGAUGAGGAUGAGAAGUUGUGGCAGGAGGACCCAUACGAAUACAUCCGCAUGAAAUUCAAUAUGUAUGAUGAACAUGUGUUCCCGGCCACUGCAGCCCAGAGUCUACUGAUCAAAGCUGCCAGGAAAAGGAAGGAGGUCCUGCCCCAGACCAUGGAAUUCUGUCAUCAGAUCCUGCUGGAUGUCAAUGCUGACCCCCGCAGGAAGGACGGGGCACUGCAUGUCAUAGGUUCGCUUGCUGAACUACUGCUUAAGAAGCGCGUGUACAGGGAGCAGAUGGAGCUGAUGUUGCAAAACUAUGUGUUUCCACUACUCAAUUCAAACCUGGGCUACCUGAGAGCUCGAUCCUGCUGGGUGCUGCACUCAUUCAGUCCUCUGAAGUUUCAUAACGAGAUCGUAUUGAGGAACGCCGUAGAGCUGGUCAAACAGGACCUCAUAUCCGAUACAGAGAUGCCCGUCAAAGUCGAGGCAGCCAUCGCACUCCAGACACUGGUCAGCAACCAGGAGCAAGCUAAAGUCUACAUUAGGCCUUUCAUAAAGCAGGUGAUGCAGGAGCUUUUGCACAUAAUUAAGGAGACAGAAAAUGACGACCUGACCAAUGUCAUCCAGAAAAUGAUCUGUGAAUAUAACCAGGAAGUUGCUGUCAUUGCUGUGGACAUGACUCAGAACCUGGCUGAGAUCUUCAGUAAAGUUCUUCAGAGUGAAGAAUAUGAGGAGUGUGAGGAGAAGAGUGUUAUGGCUCUGGGUGUCAUCAGCACCAUCGACACCAUCCUCACCGUUAUGGAAGACCACAAAGAGAUUACUCAGCAGUUGGAAGGGAUCUGCCUUCAGGUGAUAGGUCUUGUCCUCCAGAAACCCAUCAAUGGUAUGGCAGAAUUCUAUGAGGAGAUUCUGUCCCUGGCGUUUGGUCUCACGUGUCAGUCCAUCUCACCUCAGAUGUGGCAGCUUUUAGGAGUGCUCUAUGACGUCUUCCAGAAGGACUGCCUGGACUACUUCACAGAUAUGAUGCCACUCUUGCACAAUUAUGUUACCGUCGAUACAGACAUGCUGCUGUCCAAUCCCAAACACUUGGAGGUCAUCUACAGUAUGUGCAAAAAGGUCCUGACGAAUGAUGCAGGAGAGGAUGCCCAGUGUCACGCAGCCAAGCUGCUGGAAGUCAUUAUCUUACAAUGUCGCAACAGAGGCAUUGAUCAGUGUAUCCCAUUGUUUGUGGAGGCGGUUUUGGAGAGGUUGACACGUGGUGUAAUGUCCAAUGAACUGCGCACCAUGUGUCUCCAAGUGGCUAUUGCUGCUCUGUACUACAACCCCGCCCUCCUGAUGCACACACUGGACAAUAUCCGCUUCCCACACAGCCCUGAGCCAAUCACAGCGCAGUUCAUCAACCAGUGGAUGAAUGACACAGAGUUCUUCCUGGGGGUUCAUGACCGUAAGAUGUGCAUCAUCGGUCUGAGCGUGUUGCUGGAGCUGCCAAGUCGCCCAGCUGUGCUAGAGGGGGUCGCUGGGCAGAUUGUGCCCUCUGUCCUCUUGCUCUUCUUGGGUCUUAAACACAUCUAUGCCUCCCGGGUCCUCAACAAACCCCAGCAACUUACCAGAGCACAGUGCUCAGAGGAGGACGAGAAUGAGGAGAUACCAAGUGAUGAAGAUGAAGUCAAUGAAAACCGGAAUAUCAUCCAGUCGUCAAGUACACCGACUGACCAUGACGAGGGUGACGAGGAUGAUGACGAUGACGAUUACUGGGAUGAAGAGGCUCUUGAUGGGACACCCUUAGAGGAGUACAGCACUCCACUGGACUAUGACAACGGAGAGGACGAGUACCAGUUCUUCACCUCUGCCCUCCUCCGAGUGCAGAGUUCAGACACAGCCUGGUAUCAGUCCCUCACAGCUCCUCUGAGUGAGGAGCAGAAGAAGCAGCUGCAGGAGAUCUACAGCUUGGCACAGCAGAGGAGAAGCGCAGCAGGAAAAGGCCUAUGAGAUGUUCCAUGUGGAAAGUUCUGUGAUGUUUGGAUGGCAAGAAAAGACUGUGGAUACAGAUCUGUGGUGGAAUUAAAUCCAUUAACUGGUUCAGUCCGCAUCAGACUGCACACAGAAACAUCCCACUAAGACCUGGUAGCUGUGACCCACAUCACCAGGCCAGCUGGGGUGAAUGGAGAACUGGUCCUAGGGAUAAUCAGGACCCAAAGCAGGCUCUUCAGAACCACCACCAUCCUCACCAGCCCACGGUAGGGGCCCCUAGCCCUCCUCACUGGACUGAAGAGGUUACUCUGGGUCGGACACCAGCUCAUCCACUGACCAGUGCAGUUUGUUUGCUUGUAUAUGUGUGUGAGU